AUGUGGUGGUGGGGGGUGUGUGGGGGGGGGGGUAGGUGGGUGGGGUGGGGGGGGGUUGGGGGGGUUGGUGGGGGGGGGGGGGGGGGGGGUGUAUGGGGGGGGGGGGGGUGUUGGUGUGAUGGGGGGGGGAGAUUGUGUGGGAUGGUGAAUGGGUUGUUUGGGAGGGGUAUUGGGUGGUAUGGGGGGUGGAUUUUGGGGGUUGGGGGGGGAUGGGUUGGGGGGGGGUGGGUGGAUGGGGGUAGGUGGGGGUUGGUGGUGGUUAAGAUGUGGGGUAUUGGGUGUGAUGGGGGGGGGGGUAGGGGUUGGUUUGUGGGGGGGGUGUGGGGGUGUAGGGGUGUAGUGGGGGGUAUUGUGGGGGGUGUGGGGGGUGAUUGGUAUGUAGUGUAUGUGUAUGGGAUGGGGAUAUGGGGAGUGGAUGGUGUAGGGGGGGGGGGGGGGGGAGUUGGGGGUGGUUGUGGGAGGGGGGGGUUGGUUGGGGUGUGUGUGGAGUUUGGGGAUUGGAUUGUUUGUGGGUAUGGGGGGUGUUGUUUUUUAUGUUGUGGGGUUGAGUGUGGGGGGGGUAUGGGGGUGUGGUGGGUUGUGUGGAGGGGGGGGGGUGGGGUAUGGUGGGUUGGUGGGGGUUUUAGUGGGGGGGGGGGGGGUGGUGGGUGGGGGUGGUGGGGGGUUGGGGGGUUGGGGGUUAUGAUUGGGGGUGGGGGGGGGUGGUGUUGUGUUAUGGGGUGUGUGGGGGGGGUAUGGAGUUUGUGGGGGAUAGUAUGGGGUGUGGUGGGGUAUGGGGGUGGGGGUGGUAUGGGUUGGGAUGUGGGUGGGGGGGGGGGUGUGAUGGGGUGUUGGUGGGUGGAGUGGGGGGUGGAGGGGGGGGGUAGGGUUAGGGGUGGGGGGGGGGGGGGGUAUGGGGAUUUAGGGGGGUGGAUGUUUGUGGGUAAGUGUAGGUUGAUUGGGUGGGGGGGUGGGGAGUGUGGAUAUGUGGGGUGUGUAAAUAGUUGUGGUGAGUUUGGGGGGGGUUGGUUAUGGGUGGGUUGGGGGGGGGGUGUGGGGGGGGGGUGUGGGGGUGGGGGGGUGGGUUGUGAGGGGGGGGGGUGGAAGAGAAGUAUUUUUGUUUUGGGAUGGGUGGGGAGGUAUGGGGGUUUUGGUGGUGUUGUGUGGGGGGGUGGGGGGGGGUAA